GGUUCCUGAGGAACGUGGUGUCUGGAGAACAUUACCGCUUCGUCAGCAUGUGGAUGGCCAGAACCUCCUACCUGGCUGCCUUCGUCAUCAUGGUCAUAUUCACUCUGUCAGUGUCGAUGCUGCUCAGAUACUCUCACCACCAGAUCUUCGUCUUCAUCGUUGAUCUUCUCCAGAUGCUAGAGAUGAACAUGACCAUCGCCUUCCCAGCAGCCCCUCUGCUCACCGUCAUCCUGGCCCUCGUCGGUAUGGAGGCCAUUAUGUCGGAGUUCUUCAACGACACGACGACGGCCUUCUACAUCAUCCUCAUCGUCUGGUUGGCCGAUCAGUACGAUGCCAUCUGCUGCCACACCAACACCAGCAAACGCCACUGGCUGAGGUUCUUCUAUCUGUACCACUUCGCCUUCUACGCUUAUCACUACCGCUUCAACGGCCAGUACAGCAGCCUGGCGCUGGUCACCUCCUGGCUCUUCAUCCAGCACUCCAUGAUCUACUUCUUCCACCACUACGAGCUUCCUGCCAUCCUGCAGCAGAUCCGGAUCCAGGAGAUGCUGCUGCAGAACCAGCAGGCGGGUCAGGCCAACCAGACGGCCCUGCAGGACAACCUCAACAACAACCACGCUGCUGCUGCCGCGGGGCCCGCCGACGCCACCCCGCCAGGACCCGGCGCCACCCAGCCGGGUCCUCAGAUCGACCCCCAGCCCUCCUCCUCUCCAGCAGCAGGAGGCGGGGGGGAGGUGAGGUCGGAGCUGAACUGGGUCGCUCAGACGGCCGCCAUCAUCACUGAAGCUCUGUCCUCCUCAGACCAGCCCCCCCCCUCAGACCCCAUCGACGGAGUCAGCGGAGGAGGUGCGACUGGAGGUCAGGGGUCAGCAGGAGCAGCCGAGCCCAGUGUGGUGGCCGAGGUCUGGAUGGGAGGAGGAGCAGCAGCAGGAGGAGGUCCAGUUGGAGGAGGUCCAGUAGGAGGAGCAGCAGGAGCAGCAGGAGAGUCAGCAGGAGGAGGUCCAGUAGGAGGAGCAGCAGGAGCAGCAGGAGAGUCAGCAGGAGGAGGUCCAGUAGGAGGAGCAGCAGGAGCAGCAGGAGAGUCAGCAGGAGGAGGUCCAGUAGGAGGAGCAGCAGGAGGUGACGUUGAGCCGAACGUGGUGUCAGUAGAAAUUAAAACCACAGCAGGAGGAGACGAUCCUCCAAUCAGAGGGCUCCAGCCGGUGGAGGCGGGGCCCUCAGAGACAGACUGCCCCGCCUCACAGAGUCCAGGUACAGACUGGGACUGCAGAGCACUACAGCAGCAGAGCUCCGCACAGACCCCGUCCUGAGAGUCCAGGUGUAGUCCGGCUCACCUGUGUGACACAGUGCCUCAGUCUGUCAGCUGAUCAGGGAUCCAUCAGUGAUCAGCUGAUCGGGGAGGCGGUCUACCGUUGAUUGACAUUUUAGUUUUUAUUUUAAACAAAUGCUGAUUUAUUGAUUCGUCCAGUGUUUCCCAACCGGAGGGUCGGGGCCCGCAGGACGUCCCCAGACCAGACACGGUGAUUUCUAUUUUCACUCGACUCAGAACAAGUUCCCGAAAAUGUCUAUGUGGUUCAGCUGGUCUGGGAUCAGGUCUGGGGUCCCUGGGAGGAGACGUUACAGGUUCAGGUUUGGUGUUUUUGUUCUAAACAGCUGCUAAUUAUCGAUGGAUGGCGGAUCAGCGCCGCCCCUCAGAGCGAGCACACCUGACCUCAGGUCAGUUUGUGCGAUUAAAUUAAUAUUUUCAGCUUCUUUUUAUCUGUUUAGUCUAAAAUCCACAACUUCUUAAUACGAUUAUUGAUCUGUAAGAUUUGUCUGUUUGUUUGGAGAUAAAACACGAAAUAAACUAAAGAAUCCUUCAGAGCAGAAACUCGACAGAGUCGGAUCCUAAUCAGAGUCCUGGAUCUGACUCUGAGCCUCUCAGCUCCACAAACAGUAAACCAUCAGUGAGCCAGGUCUCAUGAUCCUUCAUCACACUUUAUCCUCACUCACCCAGACACCGUCCUGCAGACAGGAAGUCAGGGAAACCGCAGAUUGAUCCUUUAAAAUCAGCAGAACGUCACUUUAAACACUGAAA